UUCCUGCCCCCACCCCCGUUCCCUGCCGUGGAUGGUUUUUAGGUGGAGUCGUUUGCACCAAAACCCAAUAGCUGCUGCUGUUCUUGCUGCUAUUUUUUUUUUUUUUUUUUAAUGAUCCUGUUUCCACAGCAGGGGAAGAGAGAACUGAUCCCGAACAUACUCCCAGAGAAUGAAUAAUCACAAGAAACUGGCUUAAGCAGCUGCCUGGAUCUGGUGCAUGAUUUUGAUCGAAUCUGAUCUGAUUUGAAUUUUUUUUUUUUCCAAGUCAUCGUUCCCGUUUUAUUUCCUGCAUUCUUUUUUUUCACCUUUUGGGGGAUUUGCAAACCGAAUUACAUGCAUGUCCAGUGGGGGAAGGUUUAAUUUUGACGAUGGAGGGUCGUACUGUGGAGGCUGGGAGGACGGAAAGGCUCAUGGCCACGGAAUCUGUACCGGCCCGAAGGGUCAAGGUGAAUAUUCGGGCUCCUGGAGUCACGGCUUUGAGGUGCUGGGGGUCUACACUUGGCCCAGCGGCAACACUUACCAGGGCACCUGGGCGCAGGGCAAGCGCCAUGGCAUUGGCAUGGAGAGCAAGGGGAAGUGGGUGUACAAAGGCGAGUGGACCCAUGGAUUUAAGGGACGGUACGGGGUCCGAGAGUGCACUGGAAACGGGGCCAAGUACGAAGGCACCUGGAGCAAUGGAUUACAGGAUGGCUACGGGACAGAGACCUACUCGGAUGGAGGGACAUACCAGGGCCAGUGGGUCGGAGGGAUGCGCCAGGGGUACGGCGUCCGGCAGAGCGUUCCCUACGGCAUGGCUGCGGUCAUCAGGUCACCCCUGAGGACGUCCAUCAACUCCCUGCGCAGCGAGCACACCAACGGCACGGCGCUGCACCCCGACUCCUCGCCGGCGGUGGCCGGCAGCCCCGCCGUGUCCCGGGGCGGCUUCGUCCUCAUGGCCCACAGCGACGCCGAGAUCCUCAAGAGCAAGAAGAAGGGCAUCUUCCGACGGUCGCUGCUGAGCGGGCUCAAGCUCCGUAAGUCCGAGUCCAAGAGCUCCUUGGCCAGCCAGCGGAGCAAGCAGAGCUCGUUCCGGAGCGAGGCCGGGAUGAGCACGGUCAGCUCCACCGCCAGCGACAUCAACUCCACCAUCAGCCUGGGCGAAGGCGAGGCCGAGCUCUCCGUCAUCGAGGACGACAUCGAUGCCACCACCACCGAGAUCUACGUCGGUGAGUGGAAGAACGACAAGCGGUCGGGCUUCGGGGUGAGCCAGCGCUCGGACGGGCUGAAGUACGAGGGCGAGUGGGCCAACAACAAGCGCCACGGCUACGGCUGCAUGACCUUCCCCGACGGCACCAAGGAGGAGGGCAAGUACAAGCAGAACGUCCUGGUCAGCGGCAAGAGGAAGAACCUCAUCCCGCUGCGGGCCAGCAAGAUCCGCGAGAAGGUGGAUCGGGCCGUGGAGGCGGCCGAGCGGGCGGCCACCAUCGCCAAGCAGAAAGCGGAGAUCGCGGCCUCCAGGACCUCCCACUCCCGGGCCAAGGCGGAGGCGGCCGUGACGGCGGCGCAGAAAGCCCAGGAGGAAGCGCGCAUCGCCAGGAUCACUGCCAAAGAGUUUUCGCCUUCCUUCCAGCACAGGGAAAACGGGCUCGAAUGCCAGAGGCCCAAGCGCCAGAACUCGAGCGACGACAUUGAGGUCCUCUCCACCGGCACGCCGCUGCAGCAAGAGAGCCCCGAGCUGUACAGGAAAGGGACGACGCCGUCCGACCUGACCCCCGAGGACAGCCCGCUGCAGAGCUUCCCCGCCAGUCCCUCGUCCACGCCGCCGCUGGGCUCCUGCAGGAACAAGAGCGCGCACUUCUCCCGGCAGGUCUCGGUGGACGAAGAGCGGGGUGGGGAGAUCCAGAUGCUGCUGGAGGGGCGCGGCGGGGACUACCUGCGCCCCAACAGCUGGAGCGAAGAGAAGGUCGGCGGGACGCGCGGCGUGCGAAGCGGGGCGCUGCGCAGCGGCCAGCUGGGGUCGGCCUCCGUCCCUGAAGACUACAGAGGCCGGAGCGGAGGACACAAACACUCGGCCUCCAACCACAAGCAAAGAGAGAGGUGGACAGAUUCCCCGGCCACGGUUUCUUGGACUUCCCACCACAGGUCCCACAACCACAGCUCAGGGAGCUCCAAGCUGCUUGAGCUAGACGAGGAGAAGAUGAGCAAUUACGAGAUGGAGAUGAAGCCCCUCAUGAGGAUGGAUUCUUAUAUGCAAGAGAUUCACACCCAAAAAAGACACUAUAGCAAAGGGGGACCCUGCAGGAGCAUGGCUGAUGACCACCGCGGGGAAGAGCGGGGCUUCGGGGUUCAGAGACUGAGGUCUAAGUCCCAGAACAAAGAGAAUUUCAGGCCAGCUUCCUCUGCCGAGCCCACGGUGCAGAAACUGGAAAACCUGAGAUUCGGGGACAAAGCUGAGCCUCGGCUACUAAGGUGGGACUUAACCUUCUCCCCGCCACAGAAAUCCUUACCUGUUGCACUAGAAUCUGAAGAGGACAAUGGGGAUGCGCUCAAAUCCAGUACGGGCUCAGCUCCCAUUCUGGUAGUCAUGGUGAUCUUACUAAAUAUCGGAGUCGCCAUUUUGUUUAUUAACUUUUUCAUCUAACUCAAGACUGUCUUGUUUGCAAAAAUAACAGUUACAUGUAUGAAUGGGGGAAAAAAACAAACAAAACAAACAACAACAACAAAAAAAAAAGGGAAAAAAAUCAUAACUCGAACUGUCCUACGACAAUUUCCAAGUCUUUUCACAGAAGAACAACAAACGAUCGAGUCUCACUCACAGUUUGCCUUUUUUCCUGGGUAAUGUUUUUUGGAUUUUAGCCAAAAUUCUUUGCUUGUAUAACACUAUGCUGUGUGGCAUGGCAAAAUGCUAUCAACACUCUGCCCCCCCCAACACUGGAAAGGAUGAGAAGGAAUCCCAACAAAAUAAAACCUCAUUUCCCUUCCCCUCACCCCCCCCCAAAAAAAUAUAUUUGUAACAACGGUAACCAACCCAAAACGGAGACUAGACGAGGGGACCGUGGGGAGAUUUCGUGUCACGUGUGUACGGGUCCUGGGAUGCUCCAGGCUGAGCUUCCCAGGGAAAUCCACAACAGCUUUAACGAUUAAAGUAAAUGGGAGAGAAAAGCAAAAUCAGGCAGCCGGUGCUUUUCUUCCCUUCUCCCGUCACGAAUGGAGAAGAGUCGCUGGAAGAAGGAGGCGAGAAGGAGCGCGGGGAAGGCACCAGCCCUGCCUGGAUGUGACGGACGGGAGGAGGGCGCCCGGCCCCAUUUUAUUUGUUUUUAAAACCAAGCCGCAAGGGGUGUUUUGUGAAAACCCAUGGGGCAGGGGGGGAAACGGGGAACACAAGGCGCGAGCGGCGGCCCCCACCACCCUCCUGCCUUCAAUCCUCCUCCCGGGCUGCUCCCCCUCACGGCAGGGCUGGAAAACCACCCCGGGCUGCUUUCUGUUCACUUUCUCCUGGGUCAGAAUUUGUGCCCAGAUCGCACCCCCCCCCCCCACCCUCCCCGAGCCCACGCCGACCCGCGAGGAGCAGCACUACUCCACGCUGAGCAUCCCAUCCCAAACACGUCCAUGCACAGAGGUGCCAGGGAGCAGAUUGGCGGGGAGAGAGGGCUCGAUUCCGACCCACCUAGUAUGACGUAAAAUAAAGCGAAAUAACAUUAAAAAAGAAAAAAAAAAAAAAAAACGUUUUUCAAAAGGCAUCUGGGGAGGAGCACUGGAGCAUGUCCCAGAGAGGAGGGAGAGGGUGGUGGGUUUGUCUCUUACAUCUUGCUGUGGACUGUUUCAGACAUCAUGCUUGGGCUCUGAGCAUGUAGUAUUUUGCACUUUGUAAUGCAGGAUGUAUAUUCCAGCUUCCAACAUGUCCCUGUAAAAAAAAAAAAAAAAAAAAGAAAAAAGAAAAAAAAAGAAAAAAAAGAAAAACAAAAAACAAACGUCAUUGGCAAUGGCAGCCUCUAAGGAUGUAUUCUUUUCUUUUUUUUUCUAUGUCACUUAAUUUGUUCGUUUAUACCAUCUUUGUAAUAUGCCUGCCUUGAUUUUCUCCCCUCCCCUGUCUCCCCCCUGAUAAUAUGCAUACUCAUUAAAGAUGCCGUAUCCCUGUUCUGAGCUGUUAUGAUCCCAAUCACCAGAGCGUGGUCUUAGCUCGACCGCCUGCCUACGGCCGGCGUCCCGGCGCCUUCCAAACCCUCCCGGAGGGUUUCCCCCCCGUGCCCUGGCACCACGAGCGCCGUCUCGCCCUGCCUGGGAGCUCGGCGAUGCCGCUGAGCCGACAGCGAGCUGCUCCCUUCGGGCUGGGGACCAAAUUCCCCCCGGGUGUCCCCGCCGUGGGUCCGCAGCAGGAUGCGGCCCCUGCACACCUGCAGCGGGGUGGGGGGGACCCUGCCCGGCAUUUCCCACCCAGAGCUGUGGGAACAGCCCUGAACGCGGCCUCAGCUUUGCUUUGCUUCUGUUUUAGCUGUUUCUCUGCUACCUUUUCAGCAGAUUUCUUAUUACACUGCACUGGAUUGCUAUAUUUUUAACCAGAAAUAAACUAAGGAUUAGAGCAUGUGCCAGUUAAAUUCAGUU